AUGGAAGAGUAUCAAAGUUUAGGUCACAUGUCACCUGUGGAUUCAUAUGACCUGAAAAACCAUUAUUUUUUACCGCACCAUGCCGUAAUAAAAACCGAUAGCGCCACCACGAAAUUAYGUGUCGUUUUUGACGGCACGUGCCGAACUACUUCGAACUUAAGCCUAAACGAUGUAUUAUUGAAAGGUCCUGUAAUACAGGAAGAGCUUGUUACCUUGUUGGCGCGAUUUCGGACACAUAAAUACGUUAUAACAGCCGAUAUUAAGCAAAUGUACCGUCAAGUCCUGAUCGAAGAAAAGCAUCGAGAUUAUCAAUUAAUAUUAUGGCGUCCUAAUACUAAUGAAAAAAUACAAAUAUAUCGUUUAAACACCAUAACGUAUGGCACCGUUCCAGCUUCGUUUUUAUCGACAGGCUGUCUACACAAGUUGGCAGAAGAAGAAUUGACAAAUCAUCCGGGUGCCUCCGAAAUCAUUCAAAACGAUUUCUAUAUGGAUGACCUGCUGUCGGGAGCAAAUACAAUUCCAGAUACUAUACGUAUWAGAGACGACGUUAUAAAUAUUUUACGUAAAGGUGGUUUUGAGUUACGCGAAUGGGCAGCCAAUGAUCCUAUUUUACUAGAAGGUAUACUUGGAUCAAAUAAUAAUGAAAAGAACUUAAUUAUGGAGUUGGAUAACGGUCCUACAAAAAUUUUGGGACUUAUUUGGAAUCCAAAAGAUGAUUUAUUGCAGUAUAAGGUUAUACCAUACGAAAGCGGCUCCAUAAUUAACAAAAGAAAAAUACUGUCAGACAUCGCAUCCAUUUAUGAUCCACUUGGUCUUAUAGGUCCUAUUAUGAUAUUUAUGAUGAAUAUUAYAACUCGGGCAAAAUUAUUCUUGAGAACACUUUUUUGCAAGAAAUAUGAAUGGGAUGAAUCGCUUCCAGAAGCAAUAGAAAACGAAUGGAUUACAUAUAGGACUAAUCUAUACUCCUUAAGACAAGUAAAUAUUCCGCGAGGUCUAAUAAUCGAUGAUGGUAUCAAAGAAAUACAGGUGCAUGGAUUUUCUGACGCGUCUAUUGAAGCCUACRGAGCUUGUUUAUAUUUAAGAGUAACUUAUUCGACAGGAAAGGUCGAAGUACGAUUAAUCGCCGCUAAGUCGCGAGUGGCAACUUUGAAAGCAUUGUCCAUCCCGCGUCUCGAGUUAUGUGCCGCGGUACUCUUGUGCAGAUUGUCUAACAAAAUAAUUAAAAAAUUAAAAUUAAAAAUAAGUAGGCGUUACUUGUGGACCAAUUCGACAAUAGUGAUAGCUUGGAUWUCAUCACCUUCAGCAAAUUGGAAUGUGUUCGUCUCCCACCGAGUGGGUGAAAUUCAAGACUUGACGUCAGCUCAUGAGUGGCKUCAUGUGAAAGGUGAUGAUAAUCCCGCUGAUGUUAUUUCUCGCAGCCAAGAUCCUGCUAUGAUAMAAGGCGAAAAAAUCUAG